UUAAUUUAGUGGCCAUUAUAUUCAUUCAUUCACAUAUCAGCAUGGUAAUACCGUACGAAUUUUGCAUGUCUUUGGUCAAUGGUAUAUUUAUGAAGAUUGGCAGAAGGCAGAUAUAUAGAAGGUUAAUUUUUACUAUCGCCCGCUUUGUUUUUAUUUUAUUUUAUUUUAUAUAUAUAAUUGCCAGCAUUGAUUUCUUGGUUUCAAUUAUUUUCACCCGACCACUAUUAUACGGUAAACUUAUUGCCAUAAAAGUUUUACCGUAUCACAUAUAUUCCGUUCAAAAAUGGAAAGAAGAGACGUAAUGGAUAAUGAUUUUGUUGGUGGGAGAAUUAAUGGAGGUUUGUUUAAAGCAACUGUACACCAUAAUAUAUCAUUCACUACCAUGCAACAACUACUAUAUCUAGUCCCCGCUACUCCCCAACACCAACACCAACGCAUCAGCAUCAUUACUAUUCCACUUCUACCGGCAAAACCCUAGCUAAACUAGAUAGCUGCUCAAACAUGUCCACACAACUACUUCUAACCUUCCUUUUCCUAGUAAUCUUCCUAUGGCAUUGGCUUCUUAGAAACAAGCAUUCUCCGGUCUACCAAUGGCCGUUGCUGGGAAUGCUGCCAAGCCUCCUCUUCAACUUAUCCACAAUCCACGACUUCUUAACCCGAGCUUUGAGGCGAACCAGCGGAACGUUCCUUCUCAAGGGACCCAGUUUCAUCAACGCUGACUACCUGGUCACAAGCGAUCCCACCAACAUCAACCACAUCUUCAACAAGAACGCCGCCAACUACGAGAAGGGUCCGGACUUCAAGGCCAUAAUGGAGGCUGUGGGCGACGGGAUCUUCAAUGUCGAGGGCGAAUCCUGGAAGUUACAGCGCAAGCUCCUCCGUUCUUUGUUGAACAACUCCGAGUUCGAGGCUCACUCCAUGCACAUCCUCACACAGAAGAUGAGGAGCAACCUUAUGCCGGUCCUCGACCGAGCGUCGAGGAUGGACAACGACGAGUUGGUGGACUUACAGGACGUGUUCAAGAGGUUCAUGUUCGAUAACAUGUGUCUGAUGGUCUUGGGAUUCGACCCCCAUUACCUCCCCGACGUUGGGUCCGACGACGGCAAGCUCCCUGAUAGUGCAUGUGGCAAGGCAUUCGAAGUGCUGGAGGAGGUGGCGCUCUGCCGACACAUAGUUCCGAUGUGUGUAUGGAGGCUUCAACAACGACUUCAGAUUGGAAUGGAGUGGAAGUUCAGUCGAGCUUGGCGCACCCUUGAUCAAUUGUUGUAUGGUAGUAUCAAGAGGAGGAAGCAAGAAUUAGCUACGAAACACAAUGAUGUGACAAAAAGAGACAAGUUGGAUUUGUUGACACAAAUCCUGGUCAUGAAAGAUGAGGAUGACGGUGGUGACAAAAACAUCAUCGAUAAAACUUCCGACAAGUUUCUGAGGGACACUACAUUUACCUUACUUAUAGCCGGGAGAGACACUAUCACUGCCGGCCUUACUUGGUUGAUAUGGUCUGUGGCGAGCCACCCCGCUGUUGAGAAAAGGAUUCUCCAAGAGCUUGCACAAGUGAUGGCAUCGCGAAUGUCAAACGCGACUGAUGGAAAAGAAAGAGGAGGAUUCUUGAGAAGCGACGAGUUGAACAAUGUUGUUUAUCUUCAUGCAACCGUCUGCGAGACACUGAGGUUGUACCCACCGGUUCCAUUCGAGCACAAAUGCGCUGUGGAGGCAGAUGUCCUUCCAAGCGGGCACACAGUACGUAAAGAAGAAAGGAUAUUAUUCUCCAUAUACACCAUGGCCAGGAUGGAAGAAAUAUGGGGAGAGGACUGCAUGGAGUUCAAACCAGAGAGGUGGAUUUCUGAGAAAGGGACGAUGCUACAUGUCCCGUCGUCCAGGUUCAUGACCUUCUUGACUGGGGCAAGGACCUGUCUGGGGAAGAAUAUGUCAUUCACACAAAUCAAGUCCCUGGCUAGUGCUCUCCUUUGGAACUACAAGUUUGAACUCAUAGAUGACGGUUCCUCCGGUAGGCCGGCGGUUAGCAUGAUGUUGUUCAUGAAAGAUGGACUCAAGAUGAGAGUCUCCAAGAGAGACCAUUCAGAAUAAUGUUCAUGUUGCUUUCUUGAUGCAUGAUUGUUUGUUGUUGUAGCCUAGUGGAAGUGCUUGUUCAAUUUGUCACUAUGUCUAGGGUUUGCAUUAAUGAGUCGUGUGAGGGCUUCUUCUGUGUUAUUAUUUGUGUUUUCCACGUGCUUUGUUAAUUGUUAUCCAACUCUAUGGGAUGAACUAGCUAUAUAUGUUCUCUAUUGGUAUGCUAUUCUUGUGAGUACGUAGAGUUAUUGCACUCUUUGAUUGUCAUCAUGGGAUAUUUAGGAACUAAAUUUUCAAUUGGUAUCACAAAAAUAUCACCAUAUAAUAUAUUCACAUAGAUGACUGUUUGAGGAGAAGUUGAUUUUCCAGCACGGCAGCACGUAAGCUGAGAUGAUUAUUGAAGAAUGUAUUGAGGUAUUUAUUGUGCAAGAGUAGAUCAUUAAUUAAAGUAGUGCCGCUAGCUAUGUUUGUGACUUUGUGUAAUGGGGAAGGAAAGCCUUUGCUGCUUUGUGAGAGAGCAAGGAGCUUCUUCGAUGUAGCUAGCUGCUGCUCUAUCCACUUUGAUUCUUUAAGGGUCGGGUCGUUUGCUUAACUAGUGUUUGCUGACCAAAGCGAAUAGGUUCAACACCUAACUCUAAUGCCCUUUACUUCAUUAAUGUCUGGGUUUUUAAUCCACCACAUGAUUUCUGCAUCUGUACUUGUUUUGUGAAUUCAUAAAUCUAACAGACUUGCAAAGCUUGUUCCUUUUCAAAUCCUUUACUUGUUUUGUGAUAUUGGAAUUCAUGUUUUAUUAUAAUUUGCAUCAAUAUCUACGUGUAUAUUUCUCUCUUUUGGCCUUUCUAAAAUCAUAUUUUCAUCUCAAAUAAAUUUGUAAACUCCAUUUUUCAAUUAUUUAGACUCAAGUAUUCCUUCUAUUAUAUUUACUAGUUUUUGACCCGCGCUUCGCGGCGGUAAUGAAUUAAUUAUAUUUAAAAUUUCAUCCAUUCAUUUGAUUAUGUAGUUGAAAUCAAAUAAUUUUUGAAAUAGUUUGGGUAAGAUAUCUAUAUAAACUUUAAUAGUGUUUUGAUCAUUACAGAAGAUUACGUAAUAUGUUACUUUAAUGGGUCCAUAAAAAUAACUAUUCCUCCAUAAUUUUUACAUAAUAUAUAUUUACUUUACGUAGCUGUAGAACGAUGUAAAUCUCAUGCAAUGUGUGGUCUAAUAAUAAAAUCAUGUUGUGAAAACAUCACAGUUGAUUAUAUUUAUAUGUAAAAAUUAACAUACUUUAUUGAACCUUCGCAUAAUGCAGAUUGAUGAGAUGUUGAAUAUAGUAGGUAAUAGUUAAGGAAUUUUGGUUAAUAAUGUAAGAAAUAGGUUAGAAAAAGUAUAACAUUUGAUGCAUAGAGUAGGUAAUAGUUAUAGAAUUUCAGUUAACAAUGAAAAUAAUUAAGUUAUAGAACAUAUUAAAUUUUUAUUAAAUUUUUAUGUAACAUAUAAUUAAUCUUACAAAUCCUCUAUAUAAUAUAUACAGAUGCUAUGAUCAACAAUUUAAUUAAUUAUAAAUAAUUUUUUUGUUCAAACUUAUAUUACGAAAAACUGACAGAAUAUGUUUGUCUAAUUGAUAUGUUUAAUUGAUACAAAGGAAAUAGUGAUUUGUUUAAUUGAUACAAAAGAAAAAAUUACAUAAUUAUAUUUGUUUAGUUGGUACAAAAGAAAUGAAUAUCCCUCUACGUAGUGUCUUAAUCAUUACAGAUGACUAAAACAAUACAUUUUGUUUAAUUGAAAUAACUAUUCUCCAUAAGGUUUACUUAAUAUAUUUAGUGUAUUGAUAAUAUACAUAACUUUUAUAAAACAGUAUUACACAAAAUUUUGUAAUAUGUGGUGCGAUAAUAAAAUUUAGUUAUGAAAAAUAUCGAACUACAUUAUUAUGCAAAACUUAACUUAUUUUAUCUAACAUGUAUGUAAUUGACUGAAUGAUGAAUAUGGUAGUUAAUAAUAAAGGAAUUAAGUUAUA